AUGAUGAUCAAGCAAUCACCAUUCUUGCUUUUAACAUCAACCUUGUUCACACUUGCAGUUUUCGCAGCAGCGCUUGAUCCAACACCAGAAGACCCAAUUUUCGAGCUCUACAUGCACGAUCUACUCGGAGGAAGCAGCCCCACGGCGAGACCCAUCACGGGUUUGCUCGGAAACAUUUACAACGGCCAAGUUCCGUUCGCUAAGCAAAUCGGUUUCACUCCUCCCGAAAACGGCAUCGCCAUACCAAAUGCAAACGGCGCUCUCCCAACGGUUAACGGCAUUAACGGUAUACCUCUUGGAACCGGCUUGUCCGGUACAGCUUACUCCGGUCAGAACCUGAACGGUAUUCAGACUCAGCUAGGACCUGACGGUCUGAGUCUCGGGUUUGGCACAAUCACAGUCAUCGAUGACAUACUCACAUCAGGUCCCGACUUGGGUUCGCAGCUGCUUGGUAAAGCUCAGGGGGUUUACGUUGCGAGCUCUGGAGAUGGAAGCACGCAGAUGAUGGCUUUCACAGCUAUGCUUGAAGGUGGAGAGUACAAUGACAACCUCAACUUCUAUGGCAUUUACAGGAUCGGAAGCGCCAUGUCGCAUCUCUCUGUCACCGGAGGCACAGGUAGGUUCAAGAAUGCUUGUGGCUUUGCAGAGGUCAGGCCGUUGAUUCCAUCUGGUCAGCAUUUUGUCGACGGAGCAGAGUCGCUUCUGAGGAUCAUUGUCCAUCUAAAAUACUAA